AUGCAAAAUAAAAGAGAUUUAAGUGAAAGCGGUGAUAAUGAAUCUAGUGAUAGUGAUGUUCUUCCGCUAACCAGAAAGCGUCCAAGGCGUAUGAUUAUAGAAGAUAGUAGUGAAGAGGAAGGUACGACGCGUCAAUCAUGGAUUUGGCAGGAGAAAAAAAACACACCAAUAGUUUGGACGUAUUCUGAGACUCAUGGUAUAAAAGCGUCUGUUCUUACUAAUUUAAGCAAGGAUCCAACAAUAUUAGAACUAUUUUCUAUUAUAUUUGAUAACAAACUGUGGGAUAUAAUUAUUACGGAAACAAAUCGCUUCGCAUACCAAGAAAUGAACGACGAGUGUAAAAGACGGAAAGUGGACGACAAUUGGUAUCCUGUUACCUUAGAUGAAAUAAAGGCCUACUAUGCAUUAUGUAUUUUGAUGAGUCAAGUAAAAAAAUCAAAUAUACAACAGUAUUGGACUACAAGAGCAGUAAUAGAAACGCCAAUAUUUCGAAAAACAAUGCCAUUUAAGAGAUUUCGGCAAAUUUCGAGAUUUUUACACUUCUCUAAUAAUGAAACUUCUGAUAGAAAUGACCGACUUCGAAAGGUAAGACCUAUCAUCAACCUCUGGAAUGAAAAAUUUAAAGAAAUUUACACACCCAGUGAAUAUAUCAGCAUUGACGAAUCCUUGAUGAAAUAUAAAGGGCGUUUAGCAUACAAACAAUACAAUCCGUCGAAAAGAGCUCGAUUUGGAUUAAAAAUUUAUAAAUUGAGAAUGUGUAUGGAGGAGUGCAAUAAUUUGAUAGCUCUGAGAUGGAAAGACAAGCGCGACGUGUAUAUGAUAUCAACGAAACACGAGAGUAUAGAGAUGGUUGAGCAAUCAGACAAAAAAUUACAGAAAGCAAUGAAGCCUAAUUGUAUCGUGGAAUAUAACAAAG